GCCGGCCCCUAGCGAACUUGAACCCAAACUAAACUUCCCAGCAAGCAGCGCGCCGGCCUGGGAAAAGGGGCAAGAUGGCGGACGCCGAAGACGGUGCUUUGCAACCGGCGGCAGCUUCUACUGCUCCGAUUUCGUUUGGCUUCACUCGCACGUCCGCCCGGAGGCGGCUGGCGGACCCCGGAGACGACGCAGGGCCAUCCCCGGAGGAGAAGGAUUUCUUGAAAACCGUGGAAGGGAAGGAGCUGCAGAGUGUGAAGCCCCCAGAAGCCCCCAAGGAACUCGUCAUCCCUUUGAUCCAGAAUGGCCAUCGCAGGCAGUCACCAGCCCAGCCCCCUGUGCCAUCCACGGAUACUGGGGCUGUGGUGGAUGGGGUGCUGUCCCAGGCCGUGAAGGAACUUAUUGAGGAAUCCAAGAAGUCUCUGGAGGAGAGAGAGAAUGCGGGUGUCGACCCCACGCUUGCUAUCCCCAUGAUCCAGAAAGGAUGCACCCCCAACAGGGAAGGGGCAGACAGCGAACCCCGGCCUGAGACAGUCCCGGAGGAGGCCAAUUAUGAGGCAGUCCCUGUGGAGGACUAUGGAAUGGCCAUGCUGCGGGGCAUGGGCUGGAAACCCGGCGAGGGCAUUGGCCGCACCUUCAAUCAAGUGGUGAAGCCCCGGGUCAACUCACUGAGGCCCAAGGGGUUAGGGUUGGGUGCCAACUUGACUGAGGCUCAGGCCUUGGCCCCCACCGGUGCCUCCCGUGUGCCAAGGCCAGAUGAGGAACAAGAGAAGGAUAAGGAAGACCAGCCUCAAGCGCUAGUGCCUGGUGGAGCUGUGGUGGUCCUUUCUGGCCCUCACCGAGGCCUCUAUGGGAAGGUGGAAGGCCUUGAUCCUGACAAUGUUCGGGCCAUGAUUCGUCUGGCUGUGGGGAGCCGCAUGGUGACUGUUAGUGAGUACUUCCUGCGGCCUGUCUCCCAGCAGGAGUUUGACAAGAAUUCCUUGGAUCUUAGGCAACAGAAUGGAACAGCCUCAUCACAGAAGGCCCUCCGGAAUCAGGACCUCCAUGUCCAGCGGGAGAGCUCAGAGAGGAAGCGGAAACACCUUCCAGACCGACAGGAUAGGCCUGUAGCCAAGAGUGAGAAGGCAGCCCCCAUGACUCAGCACUGGCUGUACAGGGACCUGCGUGUGCGGUUUGUGGACAAGCUGCACAAAGGUGGCCAAUAUUACAACACCAAGAUGACGAUUGAAGAUGUCCUGAGCCCAGAUAGCUGUGUGUGUCGAACAGAUGAAGGCCGAGUCCUGGAAGGCCUGAGGGAAGACAUGUUGGAGACCCUGGUUCCCAAGGCAGAGGGUGACCGUGUGAUGGUGGUGCUGGGUCCACAGGCUGGAAGAGUGGGACGUCUGCUAGGCCGGGACAGAGCUCGGAGCCGGGCUUGGGUGCAGCUGCAGAGAGAGAAUCAGGUGGUGGAGCUUCAUUACGAUGCUGUCUGCCAGUACAUGGGCCCUAGUGACACAGAUGAAGACUGACCCAUGGGACCACUCCCAUCCCCCAGGCUGUUCCCAGUUCUGUACAGUAUGAGAAAGGCCUUCCAGAAGAUUAUCCCAUCCUCUGCUUUUGGUGCACUCCUGGGACAGGGACAAGGGAAAUGGAUGAAUGGACCAGAAGAGAGGCUAGAAACAAACCCAAUAUUUACCAGAGUUUAUUAUAUAAUAAUAAAAAUUUCAAAUAAUUAGUAGAAAGAUGAAAU